AUGCUGCCUCCCAUUUGUCCUCGAUGGUUAACAAUACGAGGUGGUGUUAUGGGCGUUGAUGCCCAUAUCGGGAUCAACAACGUUGAUCAACCGCAUGGUGUAGACUUCUUUCCUCUCACCACCACCACGUUUAGAGCGUUGAUAGUAUCGCAAGGCUAUGACGGCCUCAAGCCCCGAAUUUUCAAUUUGCGGAGCAGAGCGCAUUUAGAUUUCCAAGUUUCUAUCGCUGCUUUAUCCAAGAGCAAGAGUUUUGGCGAGCUCACUGGCCCUUCAAGUCUGGCUUCGGUUGUUGCAGAUUAUGUUGACAUAAUAGUUGCUGUCAUCCCGAACCCCGGAUGUCCCAAGAUGACGUAUCACCGUCCGGCGAGCGAGCUGCCGACCUGGAAACAACACGGGGACUGUGUCAAGACGACGCAUCUUCGUCCGCCGAGCAAGCUCAACCAACACCAGGAUUGUGUUGAGACGACGUAUUUCCAUCUCCCGAGCGAUAUACCGAAAGACCAGAAUUACUCCGAGACGACGUAUCUUCGUCCGACGAGCAAGUAUCAAAGCUUGGGCGUGUGCCGUGAAGGGUUGGGAGAGACUUGA